AUGUUGAAAGUUGCCAGCAUUAUACUUGUGCCAUCCGCAGGUCGUUGGACCACCCCAAAAUGGAGGAGGAAGAAGACGAGGGAUAGGCGAAUGAUUGAGCGUAUGUGGUGGUGGUGCAGUUGCAGUUGCAGAGGUGGUAGAGAGAGAGAGAGAGUGAGAGAGAGGGAGAGGAGGGAGGGCUGUGGAGCUCUCAGAGGGGAGGAGUUCAUUGAACAGAAGGGCCAAGGCUUCCGCCCUGCCCGUGGGUUUUGUCCUUGUCGGGGUAGGAGUGGUGGUGGUGCCUGCAAGCUCCACCGAGCAAGAGCUGGGGGGGUAUCCAGUGAGGCACAGAACGGAUCGUCUUAGAUAUGCCCGUCGAUGCAGGAGAUACAGGGCAUGCCCCUUAGCCGCUCGACGAAAUGCCAUCAUCACUCCCAACAGUGGCGGCUAGCUAGCCCCCUCAGUUGUUUCGGCGGGGUUGACGAGUGGCGCCAUUGAUUCCGAGCACCGGGGGAGGGGGGACGGAUUCCCAGGUGUCAGACUCGCCAUUGUCGAGCACUCUCUUCUUGUCUCUUGCAGGGGACCAUUGUUCUCGUGGGUUUUAGCGAUCCUUGCGCCUUUUGCUCUCCCUAGAUCCGUGCGGAUCGCCAAAGGGGAGGGACCGCCGGCCGCUGCCUUUACAUCUUGUCCCCUCUCCUCUCACCCUUCUGGCCAGUUUGCUUAAUACCACCUCGUGAAGGCAUCUCUUCGAUGAGGAGGACAACUCAUGAGAGGCCAGUAUUCGUCUAGCCCAACUCGUGGCUCACCUAUUCUGGGACGGACGCCGGCGUGGGACCCUCUCUCCACCAUCACCGCCAUUCCGCCGCCGUUUAUCUGCCUUUUCCUUGCAUACAGAGGGAGACAAGACCCACCGGACGAAGCAACCUCAGUGCCCACCUCCGUGCACCGCCGUGCCGCCGCCUGCGCCGGUGCCGUUGUCUCCGCGCAGGAUGACACGGUGAAGAACGCUGACUUGGCGGCAGCGGUGGGAUUCCGGCAAGGUCAACCUCUUGAAGAUCGGCGAAGCCCGGCGGUGAACCCGCCACCAUAA